GUCUCACACGAGGUGGUCACUCGAGUGGACGCCUUUCGUGACAAUCUCGUGUUGUCCAAAGUCGUGGCAUAUGCUGUCAUGUAUGCACAUCAGUUCGGCACUACAAGGCUGACUGGUUGCAUGGAUGACUCGGCGCUGGACACUUGCGCGCCGCACUUAAAGCAGCUCAGCCGACUUUCGAGACAUUUGUGAGUAGGUUGAGUCUGAUGAGUCCAUGCAGAGUCAAGAGUGACUCCCCGAAGACUCAAAGGCACCUUUACCGAUGCAGGUCCCUAUAUAUAUAUAGGUACACUCAUAGGCGCGGCGCGGUCCACCGCGGACAUUCCUCGGUGAAGCAGCAGCACUCACGCAUGCCGCAGUAUCAAGAUCGAGCUGAUGCCAGUCCGCGUUCAUGCAGUCGCAACCUCCAGCUCAAUCAUUUACCUGAAACUUCCGAGAGUCUCACUUUGAUUCACCAUCGAGUCAUCGCUCAAAUCCUGGCCGCAUAUGAGCGUAAAAGUUGCACACUUCAUUAUACUGCAUGCCCGCGAAAGAAGAUGACUCAAUGAUGAGUGGACAAAGCCACAGCUAUAUGGGUCAUGGCGUAAACUUUUACAAACUCCAGAGGGACAUCCACAGCGUUCAGAGAUCGUCGAUCGAUGCGCGAGCGCUAGCUGUGGUCCAGCAAUUGCGAGCUGACAUGCCCGCGCAAGCACAAUCUUUGAAUGUUGAACAAAAAGCGGCACAUCCAGUCGACGCCUCGCUCAUGCGAACCGUAUUGCGCCUCCACGCAUCUAUCAUCAUAUAGACCUAUGACAUGCAGCACGAGGUCACUUUGCCGAUUAAAAAGCCCAUAUACCUCUAAGCAGCUUACCUGGAAGCACACAGAAACGCAGGCUUUCUGCCGUGCGAGGUAAGAUCGAGUUGCGGGUGCGCCUGGGGCUUGACACUGCCUGCAGCUUCCCGACUCGGAUCGAACAGGCGCCAAGUGUCCUUAGGUCAUCCUCAUCAGGCACCUGCAUUCCUCAAGCAUCGUCAAUUCUGGGCUCGACUGGGCCUCUCCUCACAUCAGCAUCGCAAUUGUAAGGCGCAGCCUCGUCCCCUUUCCGCAUCCUUAUAUCCGCUGUUCACCCUCUCGACCAGAAGCUCUCAUUUCUCUCCACAACCUUUCAGGGUCGCCCG